AUGGUGGAACCGUCCCCGGAGGAGCUCACGGCGCGGCCGGACGACUAUGGAUCAUGGACGGCGAACAAGAAACGGCAGUGGACGAAUCAGUAUCGGAAGGCAAACCCGAGGCUGAAGGAUGCAGCUGAAGAUCCAAGCGGUAGUCGCACAGCGCGUGCUAGAACAGCCAAAGAUGCGGCACUGGCAAAUCCAGGUGAGCGCGUCAGUAUCUAG